AUGGAAGUUCCGGUGCUUUUGGCUGCCGCCAAAUCGCUGCUGGUGACGGCCUUUGCCGACCUGGGCAACGCGCACGAUCUGGCCGGCAAGUGCUUCGAAUCUGGCCAAGGAGGCCUCACAGCGCAGCAGGGUCAGCUGGUGGUGUGGGAUCCCGACGCCCCAUGCCCCCAGGGCCAGUCGUACAUCCAUGCGGCUCCUGGAAGCUCCUUUGCGCCCAUGACCGCAGGGGCUGGAGCCAAGGAGCACACGUACCAUGCAGCAGAGGUGAAGGACGCGCCCAGCUACGCAGCACAAGUGGGCAAGUGCCACGCAACUCCCACGCCUGUGGGCAAGGAGCUCACAUGGCAGGUGGCAGACGCAUUGAGGGGGGGCAAGUGCCGAGCAAGUUUCCUUUGA